CAAUUUCGUUCGAAGAUCUUCCAAAGUCACCAAUGGCAUUCUCAUUGUUGUUACCCGUAAUUUGGAGCUUCGCCAUCGCAGUGCCCGAGGAAUGCGUGGUUGAAAACGGGUUCGACUACAUGGGCAACGACCUCUUCAGCCUCGCGUCGGUGGACGCGUUGGAGUGCUGCCAUCAGUGCCAAAACUUCGCGGACGCUGGUUGUCGAGCGUAUUCGUGGACGGAUUAUCAGGGUGGCACGUGUUGGCUCAAAACUGGGCGAGGUACUAUUGCUGUCAAUGCUAACGUUAAAUCGGGGACCAUUUCCACUUUCCGAUUCGUGGAAACGUGUGUGCUUGAAGAUGGAAUCGAUUACGAAGGGAACGACAUCGCCAACGUCCAAGCGAACGACGCAGGAGAGUGUUGCAGUAUAUGUGAGCAAGUUCCUGGCUGUCGAGCAUUUACAUUUACUAAACACGGCGGAGGCACGUGUUGGUUGAAAAGUGCCAAAGGAAAUAUGGUGGUGGAUCCAGGUGCUGUUUCGUCGCAGACGUACGUGGAGGAACCAACGUGUGGACUGGAAGACGGCGUCGAGUAUGUGAGCAAUAACAUUGGAAGUGCACGUGCUAACGAUAGGAAAGAGUGUUGCACGCUCUGCGAAGCAUUUGGAGGUUGUCGCGCUUUCUCGUGGAGUGAUUACCGAGGAGGAACGUGCUGGUUCAAAAACCGAAAAGACGAAGUUAGUUGGGAAGCGGGUGUCUACUCUGGACAACUUCUCUCGAAUCCGGCAGCGCCUAGCUGUGCGCUAGAGCUCAAUGUAGAUUACUCGGGUAUCAAUAUUGGCAACGCGUCAAGUGUAAAUGCUUAUGGCUGCUGUUCCAUUUGCAUGAAGAAGGCCGGCUGUGUAGCUUUCUCAUGGACAGACUUGAAUGGCGGCAUUUGUUAUCUCAAGAGCGAAAAGGGAAAUGCGCGGCUAUCAGACCGAUUCAUGUCAUCUGUAGUGUAACCUCUCUGGUUCGUAUAAUACCGGUAUAUAAUUUCAUACCAAGAACACCAAUAGAUAGAUAUUCUAAGAGUAUCAUGAUUAUCAUGUGAUUAUCCAUCC